GGCAAUCCCCCGCACACAUGCGCCUCCCGUUUCCGUAGCUCUCCUCUUCCUUGACACCUUCUCCUUCUUGCGGUUUUUCUUUUCUACAAUACUUCUUCUUGCGGUUUAUAUACGACGCCGGUUCGCCGCUUCCGGUGGCCACCUCGCCCUCGCGCUCUCCCCUAGCCCCGCUGCCAUUUCAUAGUCCAGCGGGGGGAGGAGAUGGCGUCGGAACCGGUGGCGCGGGCGGUGGCGGAGGAGGUGGCCCGGUGGGGCGGGAUGAAGCAGACGGGGGUCAGCCUGCGGUACAUGAUGGAGUUCGGGGCGCGGCCCACGGAGCGCAACCUGCUGCUCUCCGCGCAGUUCCUGCACAAGGAGCUCCCCAUCCGCAUCGCCAGGCGCGCGCUCGACCUCGACUCCCUACCCUUCGGCCUCUCCCGCAAGCCCGCCGUCCUCAAGGUGAGAGAUUGGUACUUGGAUUCAUUCCGUGACAUCCGGUACUUUCCGGAGGUGAGGAACCGGGACGAUGAGCACGCAUUCACCCAGAUGAUCAAGAUGAUCAGGGUGCGGCACACCAAUGUGGUGCCCACCAUGGCGCUGGGUGUGCAGCAGCUGAAGAAGGACCUGGGUGGUACAAAGGCGUUCCCUGCUGGAAUUGAUGAGAUUCAUCAGUUCCUUGAUCGUUUCUACAUGUCAAGGAUUGGGAUCCGCAUGCUGAUAGGGCAGCAUGUUGCUUUGCAUGAUCCUGAUCCAGAGCCUGGUGUCAUAGGGCUCAUAAGCACAAGAUUGUCCCCCAUGCUAGUAGCUCGACAAGCCAGUGAAGAUGCACGUGCUAUUUGCAUGCGGGAAUAUGGAUCAACUCCUGACGUCAAUAUAUAUGGAGACCCAGAUUUUACAUUUCCAUAUGUGACACCACAUCUACAUCUCAUGAUGUUUGAAUUGGUGAAGAAUUCCCUUCGUGCAGUACAAGAACGUUUUAUGGACUCUGAUAAACAUGCACCUCCAAUUAGGAUCAUAGUUGCGGAUGGAGCAGAGGAUGUAACUAUCAAGAUUAGUGAUGAAGGUGGUGGAAUACCAAGAAGUGGCCUUCCAAGAAUUUUUACAUAUCUCUACAGUACAGCAGAACACCCACCUGAUCUAGAUGGCCAUAAUGAAGGAGUAACUAUGGCUGGGUAUGGUUAUGGGCUGCCCAUUAGUCGUCUUUAUGCCCGAUAUUUUGGUGGGGACUUGCAAAUCAUUUCUAUGGAGGGAUAUGGAACUGAUGCUUAUCUCCACCUAUCACGGCUGGGAGAUUCAGAGGAGCCCUUGCCUUAGGAGAUUCAUACGAUCGAUUGCCUCACAGAUGAUCGUACUGCUGUUCUGAUACCAUUACCGUUUAGUAGGAUGCUACUCUAGCAAUUGCUGUGCUGGUAUGCAAAUAUAGUUAUCAAGCCCAGCCAUAUGGUUCAGCUGUUCUGCUCUCGUCUACGAUGGAACCGUCAUAACUCUCAGGACUCUGAAUUUUUACCACCAUUAGAAUUCUAUACCUCGUAGAACAAAACAAGUGCUUCCAGUAAAUCGUUGCCUGGAGAAUGUUAUAAAAGAUUGUUACAAGAAAAA